ACCCUUUUUACAUUUCAGCUCGCAAAAAAAUACAAGCACGAGUGGCUCGCUUGCAACUUGGAAAAGACAAAACACACACUACACAUGAUACACUUCUCCUAGUGUUCUGUUUUUCUUAAACCUGAGACAUGGGAAGAGCUCCUUGUUGUGAGAAAGUAGGGUUGAAGAAAGGGAGGUGGACAUCAGAGGAAGAUGAGAUCUUGGCCAAAUACAUUCAGGCCAAUGGAGAAGGUUCUUGGAGGUCAUUGCCUAAGAAUGCAGGAUUAUUGAGGUGUGGCAAGAGUUGCAGACUCAGAUGGAUUAACUAUUUGAGAGCUGACCUUAAAAGAGGAAACAUUUCUGCUCAAGAGGAGAACACCAUCGUCAAGUUGCACGCUUCUUUGGGUAACAGAUGGUCUAUGAUAGCAAGUCAUUUGCCAGGAAGAACAGACAACGAGAUUAAGAAUUACUGGAAUUCUCACCUGAGCAGGAAAAUUUACAGUUUCCCAAAGAUGGAGAACCAACAAGGUGAUACACCUAAAGUGGUGUGUGUUCCUCCGAAGAGAAAAGGUGGCAGAACAAGCCGUUGGGCAAUGAAGAAGAACAAAAACUACAUCGUAAAUGCGGACAGAAGCAAACAGAGUUUGAGUGAAGAAGAUAAUACUGUUAGCAUAGUUCCAAAGGCAGGCAGUUCGUGGACAGAGGGUAGAAGGGAAACAAAGGUAGAUGAAAAGAGUGAAAGGGAGAAAAGUAGCGAUGAGGAGAUCUUAAAAGUGUGUGAAAUUGAGGGCAUUGAUGAGGGGAUGAGUGAGAUGUUGGGAAGUUGCUUGGCAGAAACAUGUGGGGUUUGGGACAUAAAUGAGGAGAGAGAGAGUAAUGAUAUGGAAAUGGUGGCUAGUGGUGAUGCGUGUCUCAACAAAACAUCGUCGUGUGAUAGUAGCGUCAACGGUUAUUCGUCUUCUUCUUCCGUGGCCCAGGGCUUGGAUCAACACUGGGAUUGGGAGAGCGUGAUAGAGUUCAAUAACAUUGUUGAGUCCCAACUCGCUUCUGACCAUUUUAAUCACAAAGAUGAACUGCUCACGUGGCUGUGGGAGGACGACAAUUGGGUGGGAGAGACAGAUUUAAAGAUACAAGACAACGUUGUUGAUUGGCUUCUCUCUUGAUUCCUCCAACUAUGUAUUAGAAUAGACCUAGUGUGUGCUUAGCCUUCUUUUUCCUUUCUCCCCUCUUUCAAAUUUGUAUGUCCUAGGCUUCCAAUUCAAAAUUUCCCACAUUUCAGACAAAUAUUGCUGUUUUUCUUACUUCCAUGCCUUGCUACUUCCAAAUGCAGAUUUCACUAUGUCACUGUUACAAAUUUAUUUUAUUUUACAUAAUUAAUUUA